GCUUCGUGCCGAGCUUUGGCGGAGAAGUCCGGGCAGCGCUCCGCCUGCCCUCGCUUCCCUCGCGCUUCUUGCUCCCCUCGCGCCUCUGGCGCCGCCGGGCGCACCAGAUCCAUUGAACUUGGAAAGCUGCUAAAGACAAAAAGAAGAUACAAAGAGAAGUAAAAAUGCCGAAACCAAUCAAUGUAAGAGUAACUACUAUGGAUGCGGAGCUGGAAUUUGCUAUCCAGCCCAAUACAACUGGCAAACAGCUAUUUGACCAGGUGGUGAAAACAGUUGGCCUGCAUGAAGUCUGGUUUUUUGGGCUGCAAUAUGUGGAUAGUAAAGGCUAUUCAACUUGGCUUAAGCUAAAUAAAAAGGUAACACAGCAAGAUGUAAGAAAAGAAAAUCCUCUGCAGUUCAAGUUUCGAGCUAAAUUUUUUCCUGAAGAUGUGUCUGAAGAACUAAUUCAAGAAAUGACACAGAGACUUUUCUUCUUACAAGUUAAAGAAGCAAUCUUAAAUGAUGAAAUAUAUUGCCCCCCUGAAACUGCUGUUCUUUUGGCUUCCUAUGCUGUCCAAUCUAAAUAUGGAGAUCAUAAUAAGGAAAUUCAUAAACCAGGCUACCUGGCUGAUGACAGACUCCUACCUCAACAGGUGUUGGAACAGCACAAACUGACAAAAGAACAGUGGGAAGAAAGAAUACAAAACUGGCAUGAAGAGCGCAGAGGGAUGUUAAGGGAAGAUUCAAUGAUGGAAUAUCUAAAGAUUGCACAAGAUCUGGAAAUGUAUGGUGUAAACUAUUUUGAAAUAAAGAAUAAAAAAGGAACAGAAUUAUGGCUAGGUGUUGAUGCUCUGGGUCUGAACAUUUAUGAACAUGAUGACAAGUUGACGCCUAAAAUUGGUUUUCCCUGGAGUGAAAUCAGAAAUAUUUCAUUUAAUGACAAAAAGUUUGUCAUAAAGCCAAUCGAUAAGAAGGCACCUGAUUUUGUAUUUUAUGCACCUCGUCUGAGGAUCAAUAAACGGAUUUUAGCUUUGUGCAUGGGAAACCAUGAGCUCUACAUGCGAAGAAGAAAGCCUGAUACAAUCGAAGUACAACAGAUGAAGGCUCAGGCUAGAGAGGAGAAACAUCAGAAGCAGUUGGAAAGGGCACAACUAGAAAAUGAAAAAAAGAAGAGGGAAAUAGCAGAAAAAGAAAAGGAGAGAAUAGAGUGAGAAAAGGAAGAGCUGAUGGAAUGUCUGAGACAAAUUGAAGAACAGACAAUGAAAGCUCAGAAAGAACUAGAAGAACAGACUAGAAGAGCCCUAGAAUUGGACCAGGAACGAAAGCGAGCAAAAGAGGAAGCAGAAUGGCUGGAGAAGGAGCGCCGAGCUGCGGAGGAAGCCAAGGCUGCUCUAGCCAAGCAGGCGGCUGACCAGAUGAAAAAUCAAGAGCAGCUAGCAGCAGAACUUGCUGAAUUCACUGCCAAGAUAGCACUUCUAGAAGAAGCCAAGAAGAAAAAAGAAGAGGAAGCUUCAGAAUGGCAACACAAAGCUUUUGCAGCCCAAGAAGACUUGGAGAAGACCAAAGAAGAACUUAAAACUGUAAUGUCUGCCCCUCCCCCACCUCCCCCACCUCCCCCACCACCAGUCAUUCCUCCAACAGAGAAUGAACAUGAUGAACAUGAUGAGAAUAAUGCUGAAGCUAGUGCUGAACUGUCUAAUGAUGGUGUUAUGAACCAUAGAAGUGAAGAAGAGCGUGUUACAGAAACACAGAAAAAUGAACGUGUGAAGAAGCAGUUACAGGCUUUAAGUUCAGAAUUAGCCCAAGCCAGAGAUGAAACAAAGAAAACACAAAAUGAUGUACUUCAUGCUGAGAAUGUUAAAGCAGGCCGUGACAAAUACAAGACUCUACGGCAGAUUCGACAAGGCAAUACAAAACAAUGUAUUGAUGAAUUUGAAGCAAUGUGAGAGCUGUUAUUUUUGCAUAUAUGUUCUUCAUAAGCUGAACCACCAACAGAGAAAAGCAG